AUGGCGUUAGUAGCGGGUAAGUGUUAGCUUGUUAGAGAGAAGCUCCCGUGGACUAGGACUGGGACUGCUGCCCUUGCAGCUACAAGUAUGCUACAAGUAUCGCUAUCGCUCUCUACCAGCCAACUUGGAAGCUUGUAUGAGUAGGUACCAGUACGAGUACACUGGAAUUGCGAUGGCGUCUCUAUCGUCACGACUCCGACACGGCAACGGCAACGACAAUGGCAAUGACAAUGGCAACGACAAUGGCAACGACAAUGGCAAUGCAAUGGCAAUGCUACGAGGGCACAACACCACGAUAAUCUUUUUUCGAACGGGUUUUGGAACUGGGCGGGUUGAGGUUGUACGUCGGCCAGACGUUCAGAACCUGUUUGGUGCUGGUGCUGGGCCUGUCUGGCAAACUUCGGCGAAAUCGGCUCUGGCGAUGAUUCGACUUUGCGAGCAAUUGGCAUCCGCAGUGAUGUCGUGUAUGACGAGAUGA